UUUUUAACAUAUCCCCACUUUAUACCAUGAUCCCUGACAUACCCCACCUGAUCCUACAUGCUAUUUCAUUUUGGUACGGUACUUUACCUAUUCCUGCUGGGUCAUCAAACUCUUUACCUUUAUCUAAAUUUGUUUUCCUGAUGUUUGUAAUAUGUAUUGAAUUUGUUACAUGCAGUGGAACAUACACGCAACCCUUUGAAAAUUGAUGUAUUUGUGCAGUCACUAUUAAAUUAUGCUGAUAAAUCAUUUUCUCAUGCAUUUGCUGCAAUAGCAAAGUAAGUUAUUUAUUUCCUUGAAUAUUUUAUUUAAUAGCUACUGUUUUUUUUUUUUUACUUAGUAAUGUCAAUAUGUAUAGUUGUAAUACAAUAUGAUUCUUAAAAAAUUAGUGCUCUAAAUAUCAGGUUGAAAAUAAAAUAUUGAUAAUAAAUACUUUUAAUUUGUCAUGAAAUUAUUGACAUAUGAAUUUUCGUAGGGUUCUUGUCAGAAACAAGCUGAUGUUCAAAUUGGUGGUUUAUAUAAGAUAACUUAUUUUCUCGGUUUUUUGUAUUUAAGUAAAUUUCAAUAUGUUUUAUGUAGAUAUCAUGCUGUUUUUAAAGUCUUAUCCAAAUCAGAAGAAGCCCAAAUUUGUAUUUUGUGAAGUAUGUUUGAACUCUGGCAUGCUUAUCAACAGAUGAUGGUAGGGUUGUUUACACAGUUUUUGAAAGGUGAAAUAGUUAAAUGUUCUACAGUAGCUAAUUGGUUCUUUUCCAAAGAGAUGUCUUUAGAAUUUCCUAAAGCUUAUAUAUGGGAGAUACUUCAUUUAACAACAUGUAAAAUGAUUCGUUAUGUGACUAAUCAAGAAAAACAAGUAAAUGAUGCUAAAAAGAAACUACAAAAGGAAGAUGAUGCAAUGGAAGAAGACGAUGAGGAAGAUUCUAAUCAUGUACGACCAUCAAAAGAAAUGAUUGAAGGAAUGGAAGAAAAAUUAGAUGCAGCCCAGAGUGAAAAAAAUUUUUCUUAAUUAUUUUCCUGAGGUGCAUCAUGCUUUUGACCGAACAUAUAGCUCGAUGUGAAGCAGAAGGUGUGGAUUUCAACAAUUAUUGGUUUAAAGCCAUGUUAGGUCGACUACAGGAAGUAUUUUUUUCAGGUAAUUUCAUCUUAUUGUUUUUAUGCUAAACAUAUAGACUGAAAUUUCUCCCUUAACACUAUGUAUUCAAUUUCGAGUGAAAUUUCUGCAAUAUAAGGAUGUAAUGUUUUAGCUACUUUGUGUUUGAAUUUGUCUCGGUUAAAAGUGAAAAGUGAUUGAUCUUUAAAUCAACUAUCAACUCUGAAAUUGAUCUGGCAAUUAUUAACUGUUGAAUUUUCCACAAGAAAAUUUGGGAAUUUUUUCAUUUCGUAUGAAAUUUACUUUAUAUUUAAUAAAAGAUUAGAAAUUGCUGACUCAGAACAAGCAGAAUAAGUGAAAAUAAAUUUAGUUUUAAACUUUUAUGAAACAUCUAAGAUGAUAUUCAACAUUGAGUUUAUCAAGUUCAAAGCUAGUAUUUCUAGAUUUUGUAUGCUUCUAUUUUUUGGUUAAAACCUCAAAUUUUUUUUUUCAAAAAUACUUUAAAUUUUUAUUCCUGAGUAGUAAAUAAGAAUGCAUGAUUUGCUCCUAACAAGAAAAUUAAAUGUUUAGUAACUAUUAAUAACAUGUU